AAACACUCAGCUUCCACGAAGCCUCAUCUUCAUCUUCACCAUCAAAUUCUCUGUCUAUCUCUAGUGAAAUAAGCAACAGCUUUCCUCUCUUCUCCUGUUUGAAAAUGAAUGAGUUUGUUAAUCUAAAGGCAACCGAGCUGAGGCUGGGAUUACCAGGAACAGACAAUGUAUUUGAAGAAAGACAAAGAGUUUCUUGUAAUAAAAGAGCAAUACAAGGUGACUCUGAGAAUGAGACUGAAUCAUCAACGUUAAAAAUCGAAAUGUCCCCUCCAAGAAAGGCUCAGAUUGUUGGAUGGCCACCAGUUAGAUCUUUGAGGAAGAACAUUAUUCAGACAAAGAAGAAUGAAUCUGAUAGUGAGGGUGGUCGAGGACACUAUGUGAAAGUAAGUAUGGAUGGUGCACCAUACUUGAGGAAAAUAGAUUUGAGUUGUUACAAAGGAUACUCAGAGUUGCUCAAAGCUUUAGAGAUAAUGUUCAGUUUCUCUGUGGGAGAGUAUUUUGAGAGAGAAGGAUAUAGAGGUUCAGAGUUUGUGCCUACUUAUGAAGAUAAAGAUGGUGACUGGAUGCUCAUUGGAGAUGUUCCAUGGGAGAUGUUUGUAUCCACUUGCAAGAGAGUGAGGAUCAUGAAAGGAUCAGAAGCCAAAGGCUUAGGAUGCUGUGUAUGAGACAAAGAUUCAGGAAGCCUAAGAGAGGCUGGAGACACAAGAAGCUAAAGAGAGCAGAGUUUCUUUUGGUCAAGAAAAAUCUGUUUGUGCUAGGGUUUAGGGUUCUUAGGAAAGAUCUACGUUCAGGAUACCUAAUCGGUGAAAUUAGAACGUAGAAAUGCUUAAUAGUAUUAAGCACAUGAAACUGGAACCUGACUUCUUUUAGUUUAAUUGUUUGAGAAACAGGGCAAACGGUUGUCCUUAAGUCUUUGGUUAUGUAUUGCAUUUUUAAAAAGUGUUAUGAAGGUUGAAGAGUGCUCUAAUGUUUGUAGCAAUCUGUUUUAGUGUUCUCAUUGAUCAGAAUAGAUUUUCAAGCAAUACCGAUAUUCUGUUUU